AUGUCGCGAAAGUGCAUUGAUGCUUUGCGCAAAUGCACUUUGUCAUUGACCAAUGAGAAUAUUUUUUUCGUGACACGAUAUCCUUGUCGUGUUUUUAUCAUUCUUUUACUGUUGUUUAUGACAGUCCGCGUUUGUUCACAUCGAUUAUCAAUGCAGAGUGAUGUAUUAAACGAUCAACAACAACAAUUAUCGACUGAAACUGAUUGUUCAUCAUCUUUACCAACUACACUGAUUUAUUCCGGUUUAAAAUUGCAUCCAAAGCAACUCGUACCAACAAUAUCAAUGGCAAAUCAGGUGUCAAUUGUUAAAAAGCUGUCUCUUCCUGAAACACAUCCUGAUAGUUCAAAUAAGAAUUUGACUUCAUCUCUUCGACAUCCAUCCACAUCUACGGCUCCAUCAUCAAUUCGUUUAGUUACACCAACAACUGGUAAAUCUUCUCCACCUACAGCCUUACAAUUUCAAUUUCUCGACAAAACUUCCACGCCGACUACAAAUGGAGGAUAUUCCGCAUCGAAAACUUACAUACUGAAUCAACAAACGAAUUCAACAGGUAGCUCAUCGUCAGUAGUUACGUUAAUUCCACCUGGAACAACUUCACCGAAAAUUCAAACAUUAAUCUCUUCCACAACCGAUCUUUGCAGUAGUACUUCGGAUGGAAAAAACUCUCCCAAGCCGCAAUUUUUAUCCAAAAGUCGUUUAACUCUUGUUCAGCCAAUAGUAACGAAUUCCUCUUCAUCAUCCAAUUCUGUCACGCCAAAAUUAGUCAUUCAGCCAAAUUCCGCGUCGAACAUUUGGCCUCAGCAAUCUACAACAAAAAUUCUGUCAGCAAAAAUGCUCUCACGGCCAGUUCAUCUCAUAUCAACAUCAAAUGAACAGUCAAAUUUGUCUUCACCAACAUCCACUGAAAAUCCACUUUUAACCACGAAAAAUUCAGAUUCUGGUCAUCAAACAGUUAUUCACAUGUCUUUAUUACCUCAAACAUCAACAUCCGAUCCGCUAAAUUCAGUUCAAUUAUCGAAUUUCUAUUCCGCAUCACCAUCUGUUCGAAUAGCAACUACACAACGAUCAAUGGAUCAUAAUAAUAACAAUCAUACUAUCACCACAACAGCCAUUCGUGAUAUACAAACUGACGAAAAACUGCACGAUUCAGCUCUGCUGAGAAACAUUCAUCAUAAUAAAAAUUCUGUUAAAAACCGUACUCGUCUACCGUUACAACCAUCGACUCAACAGAUUUCAUCUGUAUUGCCAGCGACAGCUAAAAAACACAAACUACCCGAAGAUGAACAAACAUCUCCAUCCGAACCACCGACCAAAAUUGCUCAUUAUGAACAGUUCGAUUCAUCAUCAUCCUCAUCGACUGGGAAAAAAUUCCGUAAAUCUCGUCAUAAAUCUUCAUUAAAACUAUCUAUCGAAAAUACAACACCGAAUCCUCCUUCAUCCGUCACUUCAUCCACCCCUUUGGACACAUCUGGUCUUCUCGUAUCGAAAAAACGUUCAUCCGCAGAAUUAGCUGCUGCAGCAAUACUUUCCAGCAAUCAUGUGAGAAAAAGACGCGUACAAAGAAAAAGUUCUGAUGAAACCAAGUCACUCAAUCAUAACAAUAUCAAACAAGAGACAAUAACAAACGAUGAUUCAUCAACGGAAGUUAUUAACGAUGAAUUACUCAAACGAUUAUCACAAGAUUUUGUUUAUUAUGAUCAGAGAACAGGUAUUCGAUGGAUUGCAACAAAAGCUCGUUCUCAACCAAUGAAUACACUUCUAUCACGAGUCUCUUGGAAACCGAAAAUAAAUCAUUAUGAGAAAUAUUCGGAUGUUAUUCGAAUGAAUCCCAAGCGAACUGUACCUGUGAAAAGUUUAGAAACAAUACGAAAGAAACUAACACAACCAUGGGCAUCAUGGCGUAUUGAUCGACUAACAACAUAUCUAGCCGAUUUGACGCAUGAUGAACAAAUUACACAAAACAAUCUAACUGAUAUCAGUCAAUUAUUAGAUCAAUUGAAUAUAAGUGAUUGUUCCGUUCGUAAUACCAUCGGAGAUUUAAUUGAAAGUAAUGUCCAACGUCACCGUUACUUUUGCGAACAUUUAACUCAAAUCUCCACAUUGCUUGUUAAUCUACUUGAUCAUGGAAAUACAUUACGAGAGAUGUGUUCAACGUCGAAAUUGCCCAUUUCAUCAACAUCCGUGACCAAUGUGCCGUCAACACCAACCCGAAGAACUAAAGAACGCUAG